UGGUGCUGGCCUUGCGACCUCCCCUGUUCUCGGGCCGAGACCAACCAGCGAGUCAUGACAACGCAGCCAUGACUCGCAAGACACCGGGACAUGUAUCCCUUCCCCCCCCCCAUGGAUAGGCAGCAACACGCGCUAUGCAACAACCGAGUGCCAAGGCUUCGUCUCGAGGCGCUGGUGCCGUGCUCUUAGUUAAAGCGACCCCGCGAAAUGGGCCGCCGUCUGCGCGGGGAGUCGUCGUACUCCCCACACUCGUAUCGCCAUCGAUUCCAGGAGCCGCAUUUCUUCGCUAGCCACCCAAGGUUCCUCCUCCCUUCAUCUGCCGCCACACAUGCUCACCCGCGCGCCUUCCCCCUCCCGCUCUCUCACCCGUCGCCCACUGAGCCCAUGUAUUUCCCUUCCGCGUCGCUCGAUUCCCCCGGUAUUGUCACUCCCCAUCGCGACCUCCACGCGUUCUUCUACGCGAAAACAGCCUCCCCGCCCAUACCAUCUGGACAUUCCCCAUUCCCCGGGCUACUGUCGUCGCAAUCCGCCUCAACUCUUGUCGCACGAGCAGAGAGCCCUGCCUCGGCUGCCGCUAUUCUGGGAAGUAAUUCGCCGCUGCGACAACCCUCGUCGCCUGCCGUCGCAUCAGCCGCCCCGCCCCCCAGUAGCCCCCCGUCGUCGCCGGUCAGGGGAGGCGCGCCUGCGUCGCCGGCGUCGCCUGCGUCGCAGGGUUGCGACAAGCAGUUCUCGUACACAGCGACGACCGGGUGCAGUGGCGGGAACGGCGCGGCGGUGGGGUAUGUGUUCGGCGGGCUGCUGUGCAUCCUGCUCGUGCUCUUCGUCUCGCUCACCGCCAUCUGCUUCUACCGCCGCCGCUAUGCGCGCUACCUCUCCACGACCGACCCGCCCUUGCGAUCGGACCUAUCCGGCAUUCAGCCCAUGGCGACGACACACUCCCACCAGCCACCGCGCAAGGACGACCCCGCCCCUCUCACCCCUGAGCCCUGCCCAGGCGUAUGGGUGACCCUGCCCGGGCCCGUGCAUGCCUCCGCGUCCUCCUCAGGGUCGCCGCAUCCCCCUCUGCUGCAAGUGGCCUGGCCGGAGAGCUACGACCGCCGCCUCGCUCGUGCCGUCCGGGCCAACGCUGCCUCCACUGCAGCCUCUGCCUCUCGUCCCUCCUCUUCUGCUGCUGCCGGUGCUGGUGCUGCUGGUGCUGGUGGUGGAGUUGCGUCUGGCCGGUCUGCCGCUGGGGCGGGUCAGUCACUGUUGCUGCGUCGCCCCAGCACAGGGGGGUCCAUGCGGGCGGGCAGCCACGUGCCCUCGCCCGACUCUUCCGUGCACUCCAUCUCCAGCCUCGAGCCCUCCGUGCAUCUGUCUAUGAGAGGGGGGGUGAGCUUCAGCGGCAGUGGCAGGGGGGUCAUGUUUGGGAGCGCCUCGUACAGCGCCACAGGGCUGGGCGGCAUGGGUGUGGGGGCGGGCGCUGGUGGGGGGGCGGCAGGAGGAGUGGUGGUGGUGGGUGAUGGGGUGUUUGGAGUGGCGUCAGGGGCGAUGCUGCCUGUGAGGGAACAGGACUGGAACAGUGCUGCCAUACCCAGUGUGGCUGCUCAUGCCAUGACUGGUGGGGGAAUAAGUGCCACUGGCAUUGCUGCUGUGGAUAUCACUGCUGGUGAGCCUGGGUCGGGAGUUGGUCCUAGAGAUGCUGCUACAGAAGCAGCUGAAGAAGGGGCCGUAGGGGCAGCAGAGGCAGCAGGGGGAGGGGCAAGCAUACACGGCAGCAUGAGGUCACAGACAGCCUCCGCUGGUCGGUUGCCCAUUUCAUUAGAGGAGACCCUCUCAUUAAUGGAGCCGCCCUUACAGUCGCACUCCCAACACGGGGGGUUGUGUGAGCAGGGCAGCCAUGGCAUGGGAGCUGAGGAUGGCAGUUGGGAUGAUAGGCAGGGGCAAGGGCAGGUGGAGGGUGGGGCGAGGCAUGGGGAUGGGGUGGUGGAUGGUGCAGGGCUUGAGAGUGGAGAAGAGAGGGCGGAGGGGCGGCAGCAUGGAGGCAACAUCUGGCAGACCGUGUCGUCUUUCUCCAUCGCAUGCCAUUUGGCCCAUCACUCGUGAACCAUGAGCCCUGUGUUCCACGGUCCCGCCUUUCCCCCUCCAUGUCUAUGGCUGCCUUGCGGACUUCAGCCAAGAGCGGCAAGCGUGUGAUAUGUGUGGUGGGCCAAUUGGUCUGAGAGUUAGGGAUUCCUGUGUGCUUGGUGAGAGGCUCUGUUGGUGAACCAGGGUGGGGGAAGCACAUAUCAGAACAACUUGGGUAGUGUGCUUAGGGCAGGUAAAGGAUUCAUAAUGCGUCUUUGAGGCAAGGGUUUCGUGAAGUGUGUUUGCUGUUUUAUAUGCUUGAUAAAAAGGGCUUAGGCAG